GGGGGCGGGGUGUUUAUUGGGCUCCGCAUGGAGGUCGCGGGGUGCUCGGGCGCCGGGCAGGCAGGCCCCGCCUCCAAGCAGAGCAUCCGGGAGAAGAUCUGGGCUCACCUGGAGGCGAGCGGCCUGGCCGAGUUCCCACGGCCCGUGCAUCACCGCAUCCCCAACUUCAAGGGCGCGUCUCACGCUGCAGCCAGGCUCCCAGAUUUACCAGAAUUCAAAAUGGCCAGGACUGUUAAAAUAAACCCCGAUGCCCCCCAGAAGAAUGCUCGAUUUCUAACGCUGGAAGCAAGGAAAACUUUGUUGGUCCCAACACCACGUCUGAGGACAGGGCUGUUCAAUCAGAUUGUUCCACCUCUGGGAGCAACUAAAGAGAUCCUGAGGAAAUGUGCUACUUCACAGGGGGUAAAGGAUUACAGUGUGCCUGUAGGCCUGGAUGCAAAAGUGAAAGUGGACCUGGUUGUUGUAGGAUCAGUAGCUGUCUCUGAAAAAGGCUGGAGAAUAGGGAAAGGGGAAGGUUAUGCAGACAUGGAAUAUGCAAUGAUGGUGUCAAUGGGAGCAGUCACAGAGGACACACCAGUAGUUACUAUCGUUCAUGACUGCCAGGUGGUUGACAUACCAGAAGAGUUGCUUGGAGACCAUGAUUUAACUGUGGAUUAUAUCCUCACUCCAACAAGAACUAUUAAAACCAAUUGCAAACGUUUAAAACCAAAAGGAAUAAUAUGGCAGAAGAUCAGCUACGAGAUUCUCGGGAAAAUCCCCAUCCUCAAGAAUCUUCGCUACAGAGAGAAGCAGGCAGGGAAAGAUGUUACCCUCCAGGACGAACAUCCAGAUUUUCCAAAUGCCAGCAUACCAGCAGUGCUAAAGGAGACUGCCAAGACUGAGAACACGAGACCGCACACAGGGACCAGCCCUACCCACGUUGGACACUGUUCUGCUGGAAAUGAUUCCUUAAGUGCCAAAUCAGAUGUGCCUGGUGCAUUCACUACUGUGUAUGUGGGUAACCUACCUGCGGGCACAAGAGUGAGCGAGUUAAAGAGCACUUUGCGAGAACUCCAUGUGACCCCUUUGCGCCUGAAUUGGCAGGGAGCGCAGCACAGAGCUUUUCUCGAUUACAAGGAUAAAGUCGCAGCUGAGAGCGCUGUAUCCUCUUUGAAAGGCUUGAGCCUGGGGGGUUGUACUUUGCGAGUUGAGCUGGCCAAGAAUCAGAGAAGCAAAGGGCAAGUGGAAAUCAACAGAAACCCAGCUCCGCAGGGAAAAUAAGUGUGUUUUCAUUGUUUAGCAAGAAGUCAACUUAUUUUUUCCUUAUUUUUUUUUAAAGAUCUCAAUCCAGGGUCUGAUUCUGUAAGCUAAGCAGUAAUAGGCACCGGUAUGUAAAAAGCCAGCUUUACAAACAGAUUGGCCUUACUAAUUUGCACUUCUCAUUUACCUUCUCUGGUUAUGCAAAUACACAUGCAAAUCAAAUAUUUGCAUAUGCUGAUGUAAAAAUGGCCAUUUCUGCCCACAGUUAAUGUAUAUGCUUGGGGAUGAGCGAGUAGGGUUAGAUGUGCUAGGGUGCAUAUUGAUUUAUACACAUGUCGUGUUAGACAGUCUGAUUGUUGACAUCCUGCAUGCAGUUAAUUUUAGUCUGAUAUCUGUGUGCUGCUAUAGGGGACCAGCAAUGAGCGGCACGUGCAAAACUGCUUUUGCAGGUUUAGAGGCAAACGUAAAAAAUUAAGCCCUGGGGUGCAUGGUGCCCAAGGCAUCCAAAGUGUAGCUGGGCAGGAUUUCCACCUCCCCUCACCCGCCCCCCAAAAAAAUCUGAAAAUGGAAGACGGCUUGAUUUUUGGCUUUGAAGAUUCUAAUACAUUUUUGACAGAAGUGGAAUCUUUUCAGGGAAAAUGCUUUGUUCUGUUGGAAAGCCUUUUUCCAUUAAAAAAGACAUGUUCAAGGAAUCUAUUUUUUUUCGCCAGUCAAUGCCAGUUGACACCAGCUGGCAUAAGAGCACUCUGACCCUCCCUGGAGUCAUGCUCAAAGUUCCUGUACUUUCUCUAAAUGUUGUACAUCUUAUUCUGGGCUGGGAGACAAGACAAACAUCACUUACCCUCCAAGCAAUUUUAGGUCCCUUUUGCAUGUUUGGAUAGGUAAGCAGCAUGGAAUUAUUUUUGCCGAUACUGGCUGCUCUGAUGAUUCUCUAUACUCACUGUAAAGUGAAUAUAACUCUGAUUUAAGUGGACUUACAUUAACAUAAAAUUGAUGCGGGGUACUGGAGAGUCAGGAUGUACAAAUGCUGUUGGCAACUGAUCAAGCACAGAGUUGUUUGAGAAAUUACUAAGAUAGUAGUAAAGCCUAUUCGUUCUAUGCCUCUAUCGCCAGUACAGCAUUUCAGUCGUCCCCUGUAACCGUGAUGUCAGGUAUCGAUAUGGGCUGGUAGUUCAAAGUGUCUCCAGAAAAGUUAUUCUUUAUAUGAAGUGCUAGCUUGAAUAAUAGGCUUUGCAGACAUCCUCCAAAACUCUCUUGUGCAGAGUAAAUCAGAAUUAUGAUUGGUUUGGAAAGACUUUAUUUUAUUCUAUAUUUUUUCAGUUCCUUAUUCCUGAAAAACAAGUUGAAUUUUGGCUGAACUAGCCUUUCUGAACAGAAGCACUUUUUGCCAUUGAUCCUGGGCAAAAAGUCAAAAUAAACAUUUAAAUGGAUAUUUUACUUUUUUGAAAAAAAGUCUGACUUGGAAACAUUUUUCUUUGCCAAAGCAUAUUGCUAAGUAUAUUUUAAGCACAUUAUUAUGCCUCAAGGGGCAGACCUUUCGUACAGUAUUAAAGAAAAUGUUCUCAGGGCUAUAGUAUGUUUGGUGCAUAAGGGUUCAAAGAAGACGUUGCUUUGACUUUUUGCAGUGAAAACAGGUGUGGUUUCUGAAGAAAUAAAAUUAUACUCUCCAAUGAUGACUCUCUUCCUCACACUCAGAAUUAUUUUCAGUGCUUUAGAGAGCAAAUUAAAAUCAUUACACAGCA